AUGGCAUUCAGACUAAGUUUCAACACUAUAUCGUUCAUAUUGAUAUUGGUAUCGUUUGUGUUCCUAUUGCUAUCUGUUAUAAGUUCACCAGUUGUUACACAACUCAAUGUAGGAAAAACUGCAUCUCAUACUUAUGGAGUAUUUGGGUAUUGUUGGGAUAAUAACUCGCAGUGCUCUUCUGCUACGUAUCCCCUACAGCUAAGCACAAUUAGCGACUCAAGUACAAAUUGGAAAAUGAGCUCGGGAUCAAGAGAUAUUUUGGCAAAGAUUUUCAUUAUUACACCUAUUGCCCUAGGUUUCAAUUUCAUCUUGUUGAUGCUCAUUAUAGUGUCCCAUUUCACCUCAAGAGGUAUUGUAUUGGUGGGUAUUGGUAUUAAUAUCAUAUCUGCAAUAUUGACUAUAAUCAGCUGUGUAGUUACUGUUUUGGCUUUUUACCCAAACUUAGCUUGGACUGGCUGGAUUUUGAUAGGAUCUGCUGCUGCUAAUUUAGUAUCGUUUAUUUUCCUAAUACUCACCUUAACUAUUAUGGGUAAUGACCUGGAUGAAGACGAGGACUUUGAUGAAGACGAGGCCGGAUUUGGGAAAUUCAGCAAUUAUAACAAAUUGGAUGAUAAAUUUAACCACAUACAAACUUCAACUUCCAAAAAUCCAAAUAGUUCAAGCUCGAUCGAGAAUGAUUAUGAAUACAAACCAUAUGGUGGUGGUGGUGGUGGGGGUGGAGUCAAUAAUGGAAACGGCUUUACUUCUAACCGUAACCCCAAUCCUAUCUCUGCUCCUAACAGUGAAAAGGUUUAUGGCAAAACUAACACUUUUACAUCAAAUCCAACAGCUUACACCAACUACUCAACUUCAAAUCCAAAUAUCAGUAAUAAUAUGCAACCACAAGGUAUAAGAAAAGCUAAUGGUUCGUUCCAUAGCAAUUCUUCGUCAUACUAUGUUCAACCGCAAUCUGUUCAUGAUUUCACCCAGGGGCAGACCGGUAGUCCUUCAUUAGGUGGCAGUAGUUCUAAUGUUGGCUAUAAACCAGUUGGUUCCAGUUCCAGUACUCCAGGUUCUAAUCUUUCUAAUAACCCAGCAACAGCACCACAGCCGCCAGCAACUACAACUACAACUACAACUCCUUAUCCGGCCAUUGGUGAUACUCCCCAAAUGGAAACAAAUACAGCAUUUUCAAGGAGUGUGUUUGAACAUCAUCCGCAAGUUGAAGGCCAUAAACCAUUCACAGAGUUGGAAGACGAUUUCGACGACGAGGAAGACUUGAAUGCAGGUAGAAAUAAUGUCGCCGGUACUGGGAAUGAUUCAGAUGAGGAUUCAGAUUUUACCAGUGUUUCUCAAAGAGCACCUAAUCCUCAAUAUAACUACAACAGUGGAUAUGGUCAAGGAAGUUACUACCAGCAACAAUAUUCCAACAUCCAACAAUACCAACAUAUGAAUCAAGUGCAACCACAAAUGCUUCCACAAACGCAAUUACAGCCCCAUUUCCAACUCCAGCAAUCAUACAAUAAUGGUUCUAAUGGUUAUUUUGCACAAAAUCAACCUCCAAUACCACAACAACAAGUUGCGCAAAUGUCUCACGCAUCUCAACAAAGACCAACCAUAUCUGAAAACGCCUUGAAUAGCAAUCCAGACUUUAAUUUCCAAAGAGGCACUCUACUACAACAAAAGAGAAGAGUAGCGCCCGGAUUUGUCCCCGUUGCUGCUAGGUAUAAUGGUAAUGCUGCUAAACCAGGAAUGGGUGCAAAUAAUACUAAUGCUCAAGCAAGCUCAUUAAUGGGGAGAAACGGUGGACCAUACGGAGUGGCAAGGUGA